GGGCAGAUGGAGUGUUUACCAGGGGACCUGGAAGCUUCCAGAGUGGGAGAGCAGAGGGCAAAGAGGGGCCUGGUGGAAUGGAUGGAGGCACACACACUGGGAUCUUUGCAGCUGAGCUUUUGCAGUUCAGACAGGCUGAAAGGACCCCUUCCCCAAAGAGAGAUCGGGGGGCUGUGGAAUAAAGACCCCAGAGCACAACCAUGGAGAGUGCCCCUCCGGCCCCCCAGCCAUGAGGCUCUUCCUGUCGCUCCCAGUUUUGGUGGUGGUUCUGGCGAUGGUUUUGGAAGGCCCAGCCCCCGCCCAGGCGGCCCCAGAAAUCUCCAGCACUUUGGAGCGCAUCCCGGAUAAACUGAAGGAGUUUGGUAACACCCUGGAGAACAAGGCCCGGGCAGCCAUUGAGAGCAUCAAGCAGAGUGACCUUCCUGCGAAGACCCGGAACUGGUUUUCUGAGACUUUCAACAAAGUGAAGGAGCAGCUAAAAACUACCUUCUCCUGAACACCAGGAGAGCCGCCCCCACUCCUCUGGGCUGUGCGCCACCGAAGGAGCUCUGAAAUUUCCCAUGCCCUGGCUCCUGUACCGAGGACUUCAUGAUGCCCAUAUCCACCCCCACCCUCCAAUAAAAAUCCUGUAGAGAAUU